AGUCCCAACUGCCGUCGCUGCGGCUUGCUUAUCUUUUUCUUUACUUCUCUUUCUACUGCCGUGUUGAGAGAGUUUAGAUUUGCCCACGGCUACAAAUUGACUAACUGUAGAUCUUCUCCCACGACUUCGUUUUUACCGUCGGUUCUGAGUAUCAAGAUUGGUUUAAAUGUGUAAUUAUAUGUAUGUGUUGAUUUUGUGAGUGUGGGAGAAGGGGUUGAUGGCAAAGGGAUUUCUGUAGUUGUUGAAAGAUCGAGGGGGAAAGAAGAGGAGGGUGGGUGAUGGGCUUCUCCUCCUCUUCCCGCUUUCUCUCUCUAGAAUGAAUUUUUUGCUUCUCUCUUUAGAGAUUUAAUGGGAUUUUGGGGUUGAUCUUGUGAGAAAGAGAGAUGUAUGUAUGAUAGUUUUAUUUGUUUCUGAAUUUGGACUAGCCCUUUUGUUCGUUUUUUAAUAAAAAACAGUUUAUUUAACUAUUUGGAGAAGGAGAGAGAUGGGGGCCUGUGUGUCUCGGCCGGAGAAUUGUGUGGGGGGUAAGUUUGGGGGUUCAAGGAAAAAGAGGAACAGAAAGAGAAGGCAGGCUUUGAAGAGGAGGUUCCCUUCUCAUUUGUCAGAUCGAUCUUCGGAUAGAGCUGAAAAGCUUUCGGCUUUGCCUGUUGAUCGUCCCUUCAGCAAUCCCACUUUUCAUGGAAGUGUUGAAGAAGCAUGGUUUGAUUCUGCUGCUGUACUUGAAUCUGACUGGAGCGAUGAAGAUUUUCAAAGCCUUCCUGAUGACGUGCUCUCUGUUAGUGGAUUUGAUGGAACAUCCAUGCCCAGAAUCGUUUCUGCAGCAGAUAAUUUCCAUACUGAUGGUAGUUGCCGCAUCCAACCUGUCCCUGAUCCCAUGGACUCAUCAACUGGCAAUUCUGAACCUAUUCUUGGAAGUGAAACGGCAAGAAGUUCAGUUACUCAAAGUGUUUCCAAUGUCAGAGUGAAAGCGGACGGCCCUUUGGGUGACGUACAGCCUGUAUUCCUUGAUGAAAUCUCAGGCCCAUCUGGAGAAAAUUCCGCUGGAGACGACAGUUUAUUGGAUAAUUGCGGAAUCCUUCCAAAUAACUGUUUGCCUUGUCUAGCUUCUACCAUUUCCCAUGUUGAAAAGAGAAGAUCCCUUAGCUCUAGCCCUCCAAGUACAAGGAAAAAGACUGCCUUGAAACUCUCCUUCAAAUGGAAGGAUGAACAUCCUAUUGCUACUUUAUUUUCUUCCAAGGCGCUGCUGCAAAGACCUUUAGCCGGUUCCCAAGUGCCGUUUUGCCCCUUGGGGAAGAGAAUGCCCGAUAGUUGGUCAGACAUUGAUCCAGGGACUUUCAAGGUUAGGGGAGCAAAUUAUUUCAGGGAUAAAAGGAAGGAUCAUGCUCCCAAUUGUGCCGCAUAUAAACCUUUUGGACUUGAUGUAUUUUUAUCUCAGAGGAAAAUUGAUCAUAUUGCUCGAUUUGUGGAACUCCCUGUUAUUACUUCAUCUGGGAAACUGCCACCCAUUCUUGUUGUAAAUGUUCAGAUGCCAUUAUAUCCUGCAGCAAUAUUUCAGGGCGAGACAGAUGGGGAAGGAUUAAGCUUUGUUUUGUACUUUAAGCUCUCUGAGAGCUUUGCCAAGGAACUUUCAGCCUCUUUUCAAGAAAAUAUUCGGAAACUGAUUGAUGAUGAAGUAGAAAAAGUUAAAGGUUUUCCAGUAGACACGGUCGCGCCGUUCAGGGAAAGGUUAAAGAUACUGGGUCGUGUAGCAAAUGUCGAGGACCUGCCUCUGAGUGCUGCAGAGAGGAAGCUCAUGCAUGCCUACAAUGAAAAACCCGUUCUGUCCCGUCCUCAACAUGAAUUUUACUCGGGCGAAAAUUAUUUUGAAAUAGAUUUGGACAUGCACAGAUUCAGCUACAUUUCAAGAAAGGGGUUUGAAACAUUCUUGGACAGGCUAAAGCUGUGUGUCCUGGAUUUUGGGUUAACAAUUCAGGGUACCAAAGCUGAAGAGUUGCCUGAGCAGAUCUUGUGCUGUAUGCGGCUAAACGAAAUUGAUUAUGUGAAUUAUCAACAACUUGGGUUUUUUGAGGAAACCCUUGAAUAGUUAUAAUACUCAAAAGUGUAAUUCAUAGAUCGUAACAAACAAGUCUUGUUCUUUGCUUCCAAGAUCCCAUGUUCGAAAAGUCGCGCAAAUAAAUUGCCAUUCUUCAGUUUCA